CACUACUACGACAAUGACAGCACCAUUGUUUGUCUACAACACCACCGCCAACAGUACCUGGGUAGAAUACGAUGUGGAGUAUGAAAUGGCCCCAAACAGAAUCAUGGAGAUACAAGCGCGCUUCAUUCCUAUCAUCCUCGUAGCUAUUCCUGCCAACCUAGGCAUUAUUGCAAUAAUCCUGAGUACCAAGACCUUGAGGACUAAAGCCUUCUUCCUGGGCGUUCUCAGCAUCAGUGUGUUCGACCUGUGUAAUGGCAUGUUUGUGCUUCCGAUGUCUCUGGAACAUCAACUUCACUGGAAUGAAUGGCCCCAUGGCGAGAGUGUGUGUAUCAUUUUCCAAGUCAUAGCUAUCAGUAAAACCUAUAUGUCUGCUCUAAUGACCACCGUGCUGUGUUUUGAACGUCUGCUGGCAAAACUACAAUCAGUUGCAACUAUUGAUGGACAAAAGGUAACGACGUUGUCAAGGGUUCUGAUAGCGCUUCCUUGGUGUAUUGGUAUUCUGGUAUGUGUGCCUCUCAUUAUGAUGAAUCGGGAGGAUAUGUCGAACCACUUCACACACGAUGAAUAUUGUUUGUUCGUGCUGGAGAAUGAUUUUCACCUUUCCAUACUUGUCAUGUACCUGAUACCACUCGGCCUACUGGUCCUGGUACCCAUAGCUAUGAUGGUAGUUUACAAGUACAAGAAGUCGGACUGGAAUCGUUUAUCUGCGGAAACUGUCGAACCGGAAGCUGUCAGUCUCACCUAUCGGGCGUCGGACAGCUCCAUAUCACAACUAGCAACGGGAACAGGACUGACCGAAAUGUCUACCACCGAUCUGCCGAUGACGACGUCGAUGUUUGGUUACAAUACCACCGUCAAUAGUACUUGGACAGUGGAACCACGUAAUUGGAGCCGUUGGGCGAACGAGGAUAGUUUCGCGAAGGAGAUGAAAGCGCGCUUUAUCCCUAUCAUCCUAGUAGCUGUUCCCGCCAACCUAGGCAUUAUUGCGAUAAUCCUUAGUAACAAGAGAUUGAGGACACAUGCCUUCUUCUUGGGCAUUCUCAGCAUCAGUGUAUUUGAUCUGUGCCAUGGCGUGUUUGUGAUCCCGAUGGGUCUGGAGCACAUGAUAGAACAGCCAUCUUCAGUGGAGGAUUAGUGGUAUAUAACGUCACAAAUAUGACGUUAUAAGUGAUGACGUCAACUCGUGGGUCAUGGCGUCUACAGUCUACUGAAUGUCAUCCGAAAUUGGAAGGGCUAUAGUGUAGCAGUGCCAUCGAGUUAUAAAUACAAUGUAUUACGC